AUGAAAGUUAAAACAACUUAUACUAAAAAAACAUGUAAAAAUUGUCGUGAACGUAAUAAAAAUAUUCCUUGGUGGAAUAUUGAUUUCAAUAAAUCAUAUGUUCUUUUUUAUUCGAAAAGAGAACAAAAAGAAAAAUUCGAUACUUUAGAGCAUUCUAAAAUUAUUCUUUAUUAUGAUUUUUUUAAAUGUAAAUGUGGUACUCAACCAUAUCUUGGAGAUAAUUUAAAACGAGAAUUUUAUCCUUAUCUCUGGCA